UUUCUUAUUUUACUUCAUCUCCGCACAAGGAAAUAAGGGCCCAUCUCCAGAGUCCAACACCUACGCAUCAAGGAACCACACUCUUCCCCUUCGCUUUUUUCAAUAAAAAAAAAAAAAAAAAAACAUUUCUCUCUAUCUCUCAUCAGUUCACUGCGACUUCUCGGUGUUAUUAAUAAUCAUGGCGACAAGGAUGGCUGUUAGAUUUGUGUCUAGAAGGUUCUCAAGCGGUGGCAAAAUACUUAGCGAGGAGGAAAAAGCUGCUGAAAACAUCUACAUCAAGAAAAUUGAGCAAGAGAAAUUGGAGAAGCUUGCACGCAAGGGACCUAAACCAGAGGAGAAAGCUACCUCAGGCCCAGCAACUGAUGUCAAACCAAGUGCGUCAGCUUCUUCCACAUCAGGAGCAUCAACUGACAAGUACCGGAACUAUGCGGUUGUAGCUGGUACAGUUACAGUUUUUGGUGCUUUGGGAUGGUAUCUAAAUUCUCGUGGGAAGAAGACUGAAGAGGUCCAAGACUGAGGUCAAUGUGCUCAAGUGUGAAGAAACACCUGCUAGUUUUUACUACCAAACUUGGACUUAUGGUAGUGGUUAGCAAUAAGCAAGACUUUUCACGCCUUAACCCAAUGUUCAUUUGUUUCAUUACAACUCGUUAUCUCUUAAUAUUUUUCCAGUUCUACAUUUUGAAACGAGAGGUGUUAUAUGAGGUGAGCUCUCAAGCACAAUGUUUAAUCUUUUUGAGUACAUGAAAUGUGGCCAAGGAUUGGGUGGCAUGGUUACUAUUA